AAUCGGCGGACUCCGACCCACCGUCACCAACAUUCUGAGAGCCUCGAAGGAUGGCUACCAGAGGAGCUCUGAUUGUUCUCGAGGGUCUAGAUCGAACAGGGAAGUCUACACAAGCCAGAACUCUGGUCAAAAACCUCAACAGCAAAGGAAUACUCGCAGAGCUCCAAAUUUUUCCCGACAGAACGACUCAAAUCGGAAAGGUGAUCAGCGAAUAUUUGAGCCACGCACGAGACUUGGAUGACCGAGCGAUCCAUCUCCUAUUCUCCGCGAAUCGUUGGGAAAAGAAGAAUGCAAUGGUGUCGAAGCUAGAGAAAGGAAUCUCUCUGGUCGUUGAUCGGUAUGCUUUCUCGGGAGUGGCCUUUUCUUCUGCGAAGCCGGGUCUUUCCCAAGAAUGGUGCCGCCAGCCUGACGUCGGGCUACUUAAACCUGACGUUGUGUUCUUCCUCACGGCUGACCCGGAGACCCUGAAGCAGCGCGGAGGAUACGGAGAAGAGCGUUACGAAAAUGUUGAGUUCCAGAAACGAGUCGCCGCAGAGUACUCCGAGUUAGAGGAUCCUUCGUGGAUCCGCGUUGACGCGACGUGGUCAGCCGAGAGAAUCGCUGAACACUUGCUCACAACGGUCGAGAAUACAAUGCGAGCUCUGCCGGAGAAAAUGCGUGAACUCUGGGUGGAUUGAAUGUCGUCUGUUCCGCUUAUCUAUGAAUGAACUCCGAGAACUAGCGCUCGAAAAAUCAAGAUUCCAUGAAUUCACUGUAUCCUACUCACUCUCGCUAGUUUCCGGGCCAAGCAAGCCCUCGGCUUAGCUGAUUCCCGUAUUGGCUCUCGAGCGAAACUCCAUGAUCAGCUCCGUCUCCCGAUGAGGGACGGAAGAAUUUCGAGACAAAACAUCCAUCCAAUGAAAGCUCAGCAUCUUCAAUCGAGGGUUCCCAUUUAUUUUCCAAGAAAGUCUCCUCUCCUUUCCUCUUAAUUCGCCUACUCGACAUAAUUCUAUAGCUUUGUCAUGUCCUGGCUACUAUGAUUAGAUCUACUCGUUUCGGAGACUGUUCACUGUCCUCAAAAUACAAGAGUGUACAACA